AGAGGGAACUUAAUUGAGUCUAAUGGGCUUCAGUGUGUUUACAUUUGAAUGUUUGUCAGUUGGAGCUUGCAAAGUCUUGGCUCAUUUGAACAUUCCGUCAAUUUAAGUCUAUGGGAUUUUUUAUUAUUUUUAAUCUUCAUUUUUAAGAAAACCGUAAAUCAGAUCAGUCUGAAGAGAUAUAGCAACCCGAGUCAGACCAGUCUGGAGGUCUGGGCCGAGUUUGGUGGUUCUAGCUUGAAAACUCUAGGAGGAGAUGGAGUUUAAAUUUUGGCUCAGAAGAAUAAUAAGUUUAGAGUAGUAGAUCAGUAAAUUGACUUUUUCAAGCCUACUUAAUUAUACUGAACAAAAUUAUAAACGCAACACUGAAUGCUUUAUGAUGCGAGAUUAAUGUAAACACAGCAUUCUGAGCUGAGGUGAAAUUCAGUGGCGAGCGGUGACUUUUUUAACUGGGUAUGCUGAGUGCUAAGAUUAAAACCACUAAGGUGGGGAGAUGGGGGAUUCCCCGCUCUAUAUGUCUCUGCAUAGACUGAAUGAUUUUUAUUUUAUUUUAUUUAGGCGAUUUAUUUAUUAAUUUAUUUGUUAUUCCCAGUGAAUAGGAGUUAAAACUCCUACCGGGUGAUGUCACGCUACUCCAAUAAUAGACCAUGGAAAAAAAAAAAAAUGUUUUUUAAUAAAAUAAAUCAAAUAUUAUUAAUAAUAAUAUUGCCAAGUAACGUUGCAAACAACAAUAAAAUCAGAGAAGGACUUUAACUGUAAGCGACACAAGUAUACAGAAAACAAAGGUAUUGUUUCUUAUUUUUUCCUGAUGUUUAUUAUUUAAAAAAUUAAAUACAUUUUUAUUAUUUUUUAUUAUUAUUAUUUACCACUUGUUGACAAUAACGUCUUCAACAUUGUCUAUGACCAGCUAUGUUUUUAUUACCAACACUUUAAUAAAGCUGUAAGUCACAUCUCAAAUGACAAGGGAUCAAUUUAUAAUCAUGUAUAUAAUAAUUAGCCCGUGAACUCAUUCUCUCAGAUGGCCUGGGUAUGCGGCGCAUUCGCAGUUUAUAUGGACGGAACGCCACUGGAAAUUAAACGACUCGGCCGAACGCACAAGCGCUAUUCAGCGCUCUUCUUCAUGAGCAUUUGAGUUUGCAGACAAAAACUAGAGUAGAGCGCCAUCUGCUGUUAAAAUCUAAGCUCAGAAUCGAUUCCAGAGGAAUCGCGAUGCAUUCGGAAAAUACCAGAAUCGAUCCAGGAAUCGAUUCUGCAACGAUUUAUUGUCCCAGCCCUACUUUUUAUUGGUUUUGAUUGCUUCUAUUGUCCUCAUUUGUAAGUCGCGUUGGAUAAGCGUCUGCUAAAUAACUAAAUUUAAUGUAAAUGUAAAAAUACUGUGCCAAGUUACCACACUUGUAUUACAGUUAAAAAGCAACUCCAAUUCUACGUCCCUUCAGUAGUUUAAAUGUGGCUAUUAAGUAACUUUUUUAUCAUUCUCAAUUGUUGUGUAAAUGUGUUAGCCUGAAUUAUUGUGGGAAGCACUGGUUUCCAAGUUAACACAACGAGCAAAACGUCACACUUUCAGUUUGUUCCAAGCCGAAUGUUUACCCGGAAUUAGCCAUAUUUAGAAUAUUAUGCCGUAAGUAAACGUAAUCAAUUACAACACGACAGUCAAAACCAUUCAGUAGAUGUUCUGUGUUCUGAGUCCAUUUCGAUGACGAACUUCGACUGAACGCUCUGACGUUCCAGCCGCUCCGAGCUGCUGUGGCAUGCUGUCUCCAUGGAAACCAGUUUAGUUGGUGCAGUGCGUUUGCGUGGUUUGAAUAUUCCUGCUUGCUAGCACAUCCACAAUAUAAAAGACGUAGCUUCAUGAAACGAUCUGUGUUGCCAUUUGAGCUAGAAUUACAGAGGAUUGCUUGAGGUGAACCUAAAAUGCACGGCUUUCUCGAGAGGAGUUUUUUCUACAGGCCAUUUUUUUCAACUUUGUUGUCGUAUUAUUAGCGAGCUAACGUCAACCGAGGCAGGCGAACAGGUAUGUGUGACCAGGUUAACCUGCAAAUGUAGUUUACGCCAGCUGCGCUCUUACAUGUAGGAAUAUCAGGGAUCUUUUCUUUAUAUGACAACAGCCAUAUCUGGAUGGUUUUUAUCAUAAGCGGGGGAAGGAUUUCAUUUUUGUUCACCAGCACGCGCUGACCACGAGCACUCGACAUCUCAAGCUGCUCCGGUGGGAAAACGCGCACCGAAUCCAUCUUUUUCUCGGAAAGUAAGCAACACUUUUAUUGCAGGAAUCCCUUACUACGUGCCGUGAGCGCACGCGCGUCAGCUGAAAGCGCGUGUAGAAACUGCACAAACAAUUGAACACCACGCAAAUAAAUUAGUGAUAGAUCCAGCUUUGCAACCAGUGGGACGCGUUUGUCGUGGGAGGACCGUCCUCUCUUCAUCAAAGACAUCACAUCAGUCAUUCACUGUCGAGGAGCCACAAUAAUGACAGGACUUUGACACCCGCGUCUGACACAUUGACUAAGACACUUAGGACAGAUGUUUGUCAGGAAAAUGACGCCGAGCCAGUCCAGUUUGUUUGGAGAGAUAGAUGACCUGCAGGAUCUUACUUUCAUCGAGAGACCCAUACGCAGGAGCCUGAAGACUGCAGAAGAGAUUGACAAGCUCACUGUGGAUGAAGAUCUGAAUGACAUAGAGCGAGCAGUCUACCUUCUCAGUUCUGGUGAGGAUAUCCAACGGGCCAGCGUGAUCAUUAACCUGCCAAUCCUGGUGCGUCAGAACCCAGCGGAGACCUUUCGCAGGGUGGUGCCAAAAGUCAGGGAAGUGCUCCAUGUAGCUGGGGCGGAUAUGCAGCUCGCCGCAGCAGGAUCUUUCCUGACCGUUCUCCAAGAUGACAUUGUCCUCAUCCAGACACACACCCACUCAAUCUUGCAGAUAGUUCUCCUAAAUCUCGACCACAGGGACACAGUGGUCAGCAAUGCUUGGUUGGAGACGUUGCUGUCGGCAAUUGAUGCUUUACCAAAGGAAACUAUCAGGCAAGAGAUUCUGAGUCCUCUAUUAUCGAAACAUCAGCUCUCCCAGUCUGUCCCGGCACGUCUGGCCAGCUGUCGCAUCUUAGGAAAGGUUGUUGGCAAGUUUGAGUCAUCAAUAGUGAAGAAAGACCUUUUGCCACUGAUCAGGUCGUUAUGCCAGGAUGUAGAGUAUGAGGUGCGCGCCUGCAUGUGCCGCCAGCUGGAGAACAUCACCAGGGGAAUUGGGCUGGACCACACUAAGGUUGAAGUGCUCCCUGAACUGGUUGAGCUGGCUCAAGAUGAAGCCAGUACUGUGAGACUGGCAGCUUUUGACACCAUCAUCAACCUCUUAGAAAUGUUUGACAGUGAUGAUAGGACUUGUGUCAUAUUUCCCUUGGUGAAGGCAUUCUGUGAAAAAUGCUUCAAAGGGGAUGAGGCAGUGCUGGCCUCCUUGUCCUUCCAGUAUGGAAAGCUUUGUCACGGGCUCUCAGAUUCAUUUACUGACGAGCAGCACCUCUGGUUUCUGGAGUUUUAUAAGAAGCUGUGCUGUCUGGGUUUGCAGCAUGAAAAUGGGCAUUGCGAGAGCCAGCCCUACCCAUUGGAGCUGGAGAACAAAUACGCCCUAGUGCGCAGGAACUGUGCCUACAACUUUCCUGCCAUAGUGUUAUUUGCCGAUCCAAACCACUUUCUGUCUGAAUUAUAUCGUACCUUCUCAAGUCUUUGUCAUGAUCCUGAGAUUUCAGUACGGAGGACGGCAGCUGGUGGUUUCCAUGAGGUGGUCAAAUUGCUGGGCCCAAAUGUGCAUUACAUACACAAAGAGCUAAUCACUUUGCUGCAGGAUGACUCAUUAGAGGUAUUGGAUGCUCUGUUGAACAAUCUUCAAGAGACUUUAGAGCUGGCCACGUCCAGAGGGGAGGGAGCAGGACCUGAGAGCAAGCAGGUGAAUAUACCAGACUUGGUGCCUGCCUUGGUAGCAGCGGAACAGAAAGCGGCCUCCUCGCUGCACUGGCGGGUUCAUGAGAAACUCCUGCAGUGCUACUCCUGUCUGCCUCGUGUCAUCUCUGGAGACCAGAUCUACUUCCGCUUCUUUCAGAGGAUGUUCUGCAUCAUCACUACCAAUAAUGUUCUGCCGGUCCAGCGGGAAGCUGUCAGGACGUUAUGCGUGUUCUUGCGCUAUAACCGCAAACAGGAACAGCGGCAAGAGAUAAUCAGCAAAAUAAAACAAGAGCUUGCUCAAGGUAGAAGCUACUGGAACAGGCUUCGCUAUCUGGACCUGUGUGAAAUCACAAUAGACCUCUUCUCCAAAUCGUAUUUUUGCAAACAUUUCCUUACUCCAGCGCUUGAGUUGGUCAGUGACCCUGUAGCCAAUGUCAGGUACAAGCUCUGUUAUAUGUUACCCAAACUGAGAUCCACCAUCAAGCCAGCAGACAAACAUCUACUUCAGCAGCUGGAGUUUUGUGUGCGGAAAUUGUUGUGCCGUGAGAAGGACAAAGAUGUAGUGGUAACUUUGCGUAAGACAGUUCUAGAGCUGGACAAAAUGGACAUAACAGAGCCGUAUCAUAAAAGGCAUGAAAGAGAGCUUUUGGAUCAGAAAAAAGAGAAGGAGGAGACUCUUUUACUUGAAAUGGAACUGCUAGAACGACAGCAGAGUGAGGCGAAACUAGCUGGAGAUAAACAGUCGGAGAAGAAACAACGAGACAGCAAGUCAGGCCUCUCUGGUAGUAAAGGAAUGUCAGGAUCUACAUCAGGAGCAGCAUCCUCUUCUGCUGGUAAGGAGAUGCGAAGGGCCAAACUAGCUCGCAGUCGUUCCCUCAGCGGUCAUCCCUCGACACCCAAGAUGACAAACCCAGACAAAUCCUUAAAAGUGAAGGAUUCAGGAAGUUGCCCUGGAUCGGGAAAGAGCGCUAUGUUACCAUUAAAUGACGAUAACCUGCGACCCCACCACUUUAAUGUUGCUUCAUCAAUCUCCUCCAGCCCAUCCUCCUCCUCCAUGCCUGUCCUGAUCCGCAGCAACACGAGCAGCUCUGUGGAUCACCGGAGUAACGGGAAUAAAGACACACAGUCUAGGAAGCUCUCUGUACAGCGGAAGUCAAAUUCGUUUGGAAUGCAGUCGGGGAGAGAGUGAUUACCACUUUGCCUUGUGACUUAAAGCCCCUUUCUACAAGACUUUUCAUUCUGCAGCAGCAGUGUCCCUCCAUUUUGAUGUGUCCAUUCUCUUCUAUACCAGAAACAGCUUAAGAUAUGCUGGGGCAUCAGUUAAGGUCUGCAUUGAUCCAUCUCUGCCUUAUUUGACACGAAAACUCGCACCAUAUGUCAUAAAACGAAAACGAGAGUUGAGGAGUAAUUGAAUGUAUUUAAUUUACUGCCUCAUUAUUUUGUUUCUUGUAUUAUAGCAUGCUUUGCAAAUUCUCUGUUUUAUAUUUUUGAAGUGGCUAAGAGAAAAAGAAGCACUAUGUAUUUUUAUGAUUGAAGAGUUUUGGAACUCUCCAUCCCAUCCCACCAAUGAGAUUGUGCCUGGUGCUGCCCAGCACCUGAUUGAUUAUCGCCAACAUCUUAGUACCCAAUGAAUAAAAUUCAUGUUGAAUAUGA